GUCCCCAGUUCACAGAGCAGGAAAGCACGCAGUUCUGUCUCUUCUUCCCCUGCUUGCAGUGUUUUUCGGAGUUUCCUCUCAAGGACUCGAGAGACGUCUUCGUCUCGCAAGAAGCUGCGUUUCUCUGCCGUCAGCUCGAUGCCGUUUCUCUCGCGGCGACAAACGAGCCGACGAAUUGACCUGCUUUCGAGGCGACAGAGAGUCUCCGAGUCCAGACAGAGGAGGGAGGUCUCUUUUCGCAUGCGUCCUGAAGCCGCGGUCUGGAGCCUUUUUCCAGACUCGGCCCAGAGGUUUUCGUCUGAGCUCUGGAUAAAUUUCUCUUCGUUUCGUCCUCUCUUCCUCCAGCACACGAGUGUAGUCCAACACACCUGCGAAGGUCCCGCUCUUCUCGCUCAGAAGUCGCUUGGCUUUUUUUCCCUGUCCGUCUGCAUGGUCAUCCCAGAUCUUCUAUUCUGGCGGCUUCCUGCCGUGCUUCCUGCCGUCUCUCUCUCCUCGCGACGACUGCUUGCUCUUCCUCUUUUCGCUGUACCCUUUCCUUCGCUACCUUCCCUGUUCUCCUCGGACUCUUCUCCCUUCCCCUGCCAAUCACCACCGCCUUCUUCUUCUCAUCUCCCGAGUACCGCAUCUUCCUUUCUCCUGCUGCGCCCCCAUCUUCAGCCGUCGCCUCUUCUCCCUCUUCUUCUCCCUCUUCUUCUCUUUUUUUCUACCUUUUCGUCUCCUUCUUCGUCGUUGCCUUGUUCUCCUUGCCCUUCUGAUUCUUCACCCUGAGCAUGACGGUACUCGUGGAAGAGCGACCCCCCGGCCCGCAGGGAGGCUGGCUGGGUCUCGAAACGCUGCGCUUUCUCUCCCGAGUCUCACGCGUCCUUGAGGUGGAGAGACAAUGUCGACAACUCGCUUCUAGCAAAAACACAAGACAGGACCCAUUCCAGUCACAGACUCUCGCUCAUGCAUCUACUCGGCCCUCUUCGCGUUCGACGUCCUCCACGCCGUCGUCUUCUUCCUCUCCUUCUCUCUCCUCUACCUCCUCUCCUUCGUUCGCAUCCUUUUCUACCUCGGUAACUCAGGCUGCUUCGGAAGACGUCAGGAAGGAGGCGCCGAAGGACCUUCGCGAGUCGCCGUUGGUGGAGAGACUUCUUUUUCUCUUUAUGCGCGCCUCGCGACCUCCAAUGGAAGGACACAGUUCGCGUGAGGCGUCCUUUAUUUCUGAAGCUUUCGCGCAUGCAGAUCCUCUUUUAUUUGCGUCUCUCCUUUCGCUUGUCCUCGAGGGCGGUUCUGCGCGGUUUCCGGCUCUCUUUCGAAACGCAGAACUCAAAGAGACCCGCGUGGAGACCCCCGAGAACGACGUCGGACUUCCUUCUUCCCCCGCUUCGCAGGCCUUUCCUUCUUCUCCUCCGUCUUCUUCUUCUUUCUCGUCUUCUUCUCCUUCGUCUUCGUCUUCUGUUCUUUCGUCUCUGCCCUUGUCGCAGGUUUCGCCUGGUCUCCAUUCGCCUCCAGCAGAUCCUUCGGCUCCCUCCGCAGUCUCGCCGGCUUCUUUGCCGUGCUUCAAACUGUACGUUCGAGGCGUGAGUCGCAGCGAAGACGCUUCGUCUCUGCUGGCUCGGUUCCGCGUCUUCGGAGAAGUCUCGGAUUUCCAGUUUCGCGGCGGCUACGCCUUCGUCACGUUCGCCGCGAGAGGAGACGCAGAAGCUGCUCGCGCUGCCAUCCACGGGACUCCAAGUGGCUGCAGAGAAAAAAAGAAGUUCGAAGUUCACUGGGCAAAGACUUCCAGCAUCGCGGGCUCCGAGGUACUGGCAGCGAGACGAGGAAGUCCAGACUGCGAGAGCAAACGAGACGCUGCGACAGCAGGGAGCACCGGGAGAGUGGAGAUUCGCGAGGGGAAAGAAGCAAGAGGAGAGAGACAAGAGAGGGCAGCGGACGAAGAGCGAGGAGGGGAAGACGCGCGCCGGAACGAAGAGGCUCUCUCGCCGACAGUCCGACCGAGGAGAGAGAGGAGAAUGCAAGAGGAAGAAGUUGUGUACGCAGAAACGCGUGGACAGCGGACAGGGAAAGACCCAGCAGGAAGCGAAGAGAGAAGGAGACACGGGCAAACGGACGAAGAAAAGGAGAGAGAGGAUGCGCUUGUCACACGCAAAGAUCUGCAGAGUCAGAAGAGAAAGACGGAGGAAGGUGUGGAAGCGAAACUCCAGGAAACUGCAGAGGAGAGACACUUGCUGAUGAGACGACUGAAGUAUGUCACGAGAUUCGUUCGACUUCUUCACGGCCAAGACAAACUUCUCGCCUUCUUGAGAAUUGUCGCGCGAGGCGACGGGGCCUCUGUCGUGAAGGAAAUCUCAGAAUCGUUCGCCGCCGUCGCUGCCACCUUGGAGGCAUGCCGAACCUGCGUUGGAGAAGAUUUUCGGAAGCUUCGUACGCGCGUCUUCAUCCCUGGGGAUGGCAAGGUUCCGAGAACUGCGGCGGCUCUCUGCCUUCACACACCUGCGAGCUGGAAGUGCACGUCGAUCGACCCACGCAUGGUCGGCGAAGGGAACGAAGCUGCAUUUUACGGAGAAUACGUCGCGGCUCGGAUUCGCUGUUUCCGAUCCCUGUCGCAAAACUUCGUUCUUCGUCUGCCCUCGACACAGUCUGCUCGAGAUGCCCCCACCAGCUUCUCUCCCGGCCGCUCGCGUUCUUCUCCGCGGGACCCGUUACCUCGGAGGAGUUUCAGUGAAGAGAACAGAUCAGACGGAGAGACAGGAGACCGAGAAGACACACGCGAUACAGGAGACAGAAGAGGCGGUGGCGGCAGCACAGCAGCGGCGGGGACGAGAGAAGAAGAACUGGAGAACGCAGAAGGCGUUGAGAAGCAAGGUGGACAGGAACGGGAGGAAGACUACGAAGAAGUUGACUUGUGCGUCUUGCUAGCGGUUCAUUCGCAUGCACCCCUCCAGGAAUUUUUCGAGCGCAUGCAGCGAGCCUACGCGAACCGUUCGCGCUGCGGCUUCCUCUGCGUUUCUCUCCCUUGCUGCGGCUCGGAAGGCUUUUUGGCGGGGGCGCCGGUCGUGCGAUUCGAGGACCCUGCGGUGCUCUCCCACUGCCGCGAGGUGCUCGUCUACUUUUCCCCGAGUCACGCAUCUUAACUUUCAAAACGUUCUCAAACAUGUUCUUUGUUUGACCUCCAGAGUUGACCAGGAACAUUAAGAUGAAGUUUUCAAACGCUCUUCAGAUGUACACCUUCUCCCUAUCUUACACGC